AUGUCCGUUGAAGAAGUUACUCAAAAGACCCAGGAUUUAACUGUGGACGAAGCCAAGCCAGCUACUGUUUUAUCUGAUCCUAAGGAAUUUCAAUUGAAGCAUCCUUUGAGUAGCAAAUGGACUUUAUGGUAUACUAAGCCCCCUGUGGAUAGUUCAGAAUCGUGGUCUGAUUUAUUGCGUCCAGUGACCAGUUUGGAUACUGUCGAAGAGUUCUGGGCUAUUCAAAAUGGUAUUCCAAAGCCAUUCGAUUUGCCAAUCAAAUCUGAUUACCAUUUGUUCAGAAACGAUAUCAGACCUGAAUGGGAAGAUGAAGCCAACUCUGAAGGUGGUAAGUUGUCGUACCAAUUCAAGAACAAAAGACAUAACAUCGAUGAUUUGUGGUUGAGAACUCUAUUGGCCGUUAUUGGUGAAACCAUCGACGAAGAAGAAUCAGAAAUCAACGGUUGCGUCUUGAAUGUCAGAAAGGCUGUUUUCAAGAUUGCUUUGUGGACUAGAACUACCAACUUGAACGCUUUGACUAACAUUGCUACCAAGUUUAAGCAAGUUCUACAACUUGGUGAAGGUGAAAAGUUGGAGUUCUACAAUCACAGAACUUCUAACUCAGGUCACGCUCCUCCAACCGCUCUAUUGUAA